CACUUCCGUAGCAGGUUAGCCUUCGAAGCCCAGAACGUUGCAGGGACGGCGGUCAAUGCAUUAUUCUAAUGUUUUUUUUCGAAGUUUCACCUUCUUCCGCUUCCACUGUUCUAAGUUACUGGUGAUGUGGUGUUAACUAGUGCCACGACCCCAACGAAAAGAAGAAUAUAUCGGGGAUUUUUGCCGCGGUUCAAUUGGCGGUUUUAUCUGAGCGAAAGGCACUCCGACCCACGCUGAUGGCGGUCACCAUCGAGGAUCUCUAUCGGAACUACGGCAUCCUUGCCGAUGCCAAGGACGACAUUAGCCAGCAUAAAGAUGCCUACCAAGUCAUCCUGGAUGGUGUGAAAGGUGGUCCCAAGGAGAAGCGUUUGGCAGCUCAAUUCAUUCCCAAGUUCUUCAGCAAUUUCCCGGAGUUGGCAGACGCGGCCAUCAACGCCCAAUUGGAUCUUUGUGAAGACGACGACAUCUCGAUUCGGCGGCAGGCCAUUAAGGAGUUACCGCGCUUUGCAACUGGUGACAACAUCCUGAAGGUUUCAGAUAUUCUCACUCAGCUCCUACAGACAGAUGACACGGCUGAAUUCAACCUUGUCAACGUAUCGCUGAUUUCUAUCUUCAAGAUUGACGCAAAAGGCACCCUGGAGGGCCUCUUCUCUCAGGUGCUGCAGGGUGUAGACAUUGUGCGCGAGCGGGCCAUCAAAUUUCUGUCCACCAAACUGAAGACCCUACCAGAGGACGUCAUGACAAAAGAGGUGGAAGACUAUGUCUUUACUGAGACGAAGAAGGUGCUUGAGGACGUGACCGGAGAGGAGUUUGUGCUUCUGAUGCGUUUGGUGUCGGGCCUUCGCGUGCUGCAGACGGUAAGCGGGCGUCAGCAGCUGGUGGAGCUAGUGGUGGAGCAGGCCUUCCUGGAGCAGGAGCUCAACCCCGGCGACCCCGACACAGUAGACCGCCUGCUGCAGUGCACACGCCAGGCACUGCCCCUCUUCUCUAAAAAUGUCCAUUCCACACGUUUCGUGACCUACUUUUGUGAGCACGUCCUGCCCAACCUCAGCAUGCUGACGACUCCUGUGGCCGAGCUGGACAUUCAACUGGAGGUCCUGAAGCUGAUGGCGGAGAUGAGUCCUUUCUGUGGCGACAUGGAAAAGCUGGAGACCAAUCUCAAUAUGCUAUUCACUAAGCUGCUGGAGUACAUGCCUCUGCCGCCAGACGAGGUGGAAAAUGGCGAAAACUCUGCCAGCGAGGAGCCCAAGCUGCAGUUCAGCUACGUGGAGUGUCUCCUUUUCAGCUUCCACCAGCUGGGCAAGAAGCUGCCGGACUUCCUCAUUGACAAAGUGGACGCCGAACGCCUCAAAGACUUCAAGAUAAGGUUACAGUAUUUCGCCAGAGGCCUGCAGGUUUACAUCAGACAGCUGCGAGUGGCUCUGCAGGGCAAGACGGGAGACGCGCUCAAGACAGACGAGAACAAGAUCAAAGUGGUGGCCCUGAAGAUUACAAACAACAUCAACGUCCUCAUCAAGGACCUCUUUCACAACCCACCGUCGUUCAAGAGCACCAUCACACUGUCCUGGAAGCCUGUCCAGAAGAGCGAGGCUGUGGCCCCCAAGCGUCCAUCGAGCGACGACUCGGGCCCGGGGGCCGUGGUGAAGAAACAGAUUGCCCCACAGCCUCGGCGGGACGCGCGGCAAAUCUACAACCCCCCGAGCGGCAAAUACAGCGCCUCCCUCGGAAACUUCAACUACGAGCAGCGCGGCGGCUUCAGGGGCGGACGGGGGCGGGGCUUCGGCACCAGAGGCAACAGAAGCCGAGGACGGACCUACUAAGGUGGGCGUGCGGGUGCCGGGGCGGCGCUUGUCCCUCAAUGAACUGCAUCAUCUUUCACCGUUCCAAAACGGACCACUUUGCCACAACAUCUUUCUUUCUUUUUUUGAUAACGACUCUCCGUAUUUUUCACUCUUUCCUCACAACAGACUUCCCAAACUCCUCUAAGCCACGGUCGUAGCUCCACCCCCCAACCCUUUCUUGUUUUUAUGUCUUUGUGGAUCAAAAGACUGCUGACUCCUGACAAACUUUUUGCUCCCUUUUGGGUGUUUUGAAAAGAAAGCGAGAGAGGAAGCGAUCUUUUUUGGUUUGCAACGUGACGUUUGAAGGCAUUUCUUUCCACCUUUUAUUUAAUCCUGCUUUCAGUUUUUUCUAUUAGUGCUCUAGCUAAAUUUGCAGACGAUGUACUAUUUGUAUUGUGGAUGUUUUGUCUGAUUUUUUUUUUAUCAUAAACUUGUAUGCAAGUAGGAACAGGUGUCAUUGCUGCACACAUGCGGCUGCUCUACUUUAUUGAUUGAAUGGACAAAAAAUAGAACAAUAAUUUGAAACAUUAUUGGUUAGUGAUGACUAAAGUACAACACCAAACAGCCAUUAAUGAGACACUUGUCACCAAAAUGGCAGACACAUACUUAUUAAUACUCUAUUAAAAUGUAUGUUUCCUGAAGCUUUUUUAAACAUAAAACUAGAUUGGAAUGCAAA